ACUUCUAAAAUAGCUGUUUUGACAUGUCGUCACCGCGUCUGCAGCACAAUGUUUUAAAACAGCCCCCUGUGACUCAUCUGUCUCCGGCGGAGAUCUCUGCCCCAAAAGUGAGGAAAAAAUAAAAGGCUGCGGGAACCAACCCGAGCAGACAGCGUCGACAUGGAAUGACGGAUGUCUCCGUCGACUUUUUUUUUUAGUACCCUGACUUUAGACUUUAUGUGACGGUUGGGUGGGGAGGACGGCGGGGGGGAUUCAAAAGGCGACCCAGUGCUAUUCAAAACGUCACUCACCACCGAGAACGCGCGCUAACGACCACCGGUAAAGUGCGGCUCGCGUUGCGCGCAAUGCAAUCUGUGCGCGCAAAAGCACCGGUCAGUCCAGUCGAGGAAGGGGGACUGCACGCCGAGAGCAGGACCAAGAUCCGCUUCUAAUCCCAGAAGUGAAGCAGUUUCUGUGUUGUUGAAAAGGCCGUGGAUGUCCAGCGAUGAAGAUCGAGGAGGACACGUGUGCUCAGCGGGGGCCCACCGCUCCUAUGGAUGAUCAGGAUCCGGGGGCCGGUGAUGGGCGGUCGUCCCGAGAGCAGCGACCCGGAGCCGGUCACAAACACAUCAUGCAUGUCACCGAUCAAAAGAGAGCUACUGCCAAAACCGUUAAAGUGUCUGUGCUGAGUGACGGAAAUCCAAAGUCUGUUCUUACGAAAACUAAGAACUGUUGCGCUGAUGCCGUGGGAUCCGAUGGCGGCGACCGAGAGAUGGAAAUCCAAACCCUGAUCAAGGAAAUCAUGGAGAAACAGAAAGAUGAGGAUGUGGAUAAAAUUGUUCCGCAGAGCGGAACGGCUUCAUCUCCUUUUUCCCCAGUUCAUAUCACCGAGGAGUCGGGAAACAAAAAAGACGUCACCGUCCCAUCCCAGCCCCGGCAGGUCACCCUGGCAACCGAGCAAGAAGACCCCGGAGUCAUCGUGUCCCGGGACAAGGACGAGCUCCCCCGUGUGGACAGACCACUUGACUCCGAUGUCCGCGAGGAAGGAGAUCAUGACGAUGAUGGUGAAGAUGAUAACGAUGAUGAUGAUGGCGGUGGGGAUAUUGUUGAUGGAGGUGAUGGUGGUGGUCCUAAUGACGAGGAUGAUGAUGAUGAUGAUGAUGAUGAUGAUGAUGAUGAUGAUGAUACUUUGAUACUUUCCGAUGAAUGCGAGUCGCACUACAUCAGCACGCACGAGAUCCAGCUCGCGGAGCUCUCCGACCACGAGGAGGACGGGCCGGGCGGUGACGUCACGGCGGGGUCCUUGGAAGAAGACCACCAGGUGUACUCCUUCGUGGAUUACGCGUAUUUUACGCACGAUGUCGGCGGAGGGGUGAGGGCCCGGCCUGAUAACGGGUCCCGCCACCUGGACAGUGACCUCCUCAGCUCAGACGGAAGUCUGUCAAAGACCCCGCCAAAGGGACCGUUCCAGCAUCUGUCCAUCAAAACGACCUCCCGCGCUAUAAAUGACCCCGGCAGCGGCCUCCAAGAAAAGCUGAACAAAACCCGUCAUCAACACAUCGACACAUGCACGCGCCCUGGGGACCCGGGGGGCCACGGCCACGUGUUUCAGGGAAGCGACGGCGGGAAAACAGAGACGCUUCGCGGUGGCGCCAAAUGUUUCAUCGCCGCCCCUGGGCGGUUACACUUGGGUCGCGCGUUAAAAGGCAGAGACGCAAACUGCUUCUCCAGCAGCGGCGCGUCCAGCGGGCUGAGCGAACCCGACGACGCGGACCAGGAAGUGCGUCAUCUGACGGGCCGCGCUUUCAAAAGCCUGGCGUACCCUUACCUCGGUGCCAUUCAUUUCAGCAGCUCCAGCGGCGCGACGUCUGCUGCGGCAUCAUCGGACCACGGGGGGCUUGGACUGAACCGGUGGUCCGCGUUCGUGGACCUCAAGUACGACAAGCUCAACAUGGAUCACUUAGUCGCGCGAGGGCAGAACCCGACCUCGGCCUUCGGGGUCGCGCGCACUACAAUGGAUCACGUGAAUAACAACAAUACAGGAUACAAGGGCGUCAUCAAGAUGCCCGCAAACAAACUGUUUACUUUGAACAACAACAACAACUCUGCCUCGCAGAAACAUAUUGAACUCGUGGGGAAAUUUGGCCACGCGCACGGCGGCGUUUUUACGCUCACAACGGAAACGUUGAACUUCAGGUGCAACGUGGAAUCUGGGGGUGGCGAGAGACGCGCGAAAUUCACACAAAGCAAGCCGGGAUCACGUUCCGCGGAUGAUGUUACCGACACCUUGCCCGGCAGGCGGAGGAGGAGCGCAGCGAGGAGCAGCGGGACUCCCUGCUGUAGCGCGGCGGGGGCGACCAUGGACGACACGCAGAACGCCAAGAAAGCUAUGUUCGCCUCGAGCAUUCUCAAAAAUGUCAUCUCCAAGAAAAUGCAAUUCGAGGAAGAGCGCAAAAUGGAGCGCGGGGAGAUCCGCGAGGGCCCGCGCAGCGCAUCGUCGUCCGCUGCCGCGUUUGCGCCUUUGCCGCCGGAGAGCGGUUGCGCCGCGCGUAAAGGCGCGAGGGAGCUGCAGAGACCGAGUUCACGGUUCUCGGAGGCCAGCUCCGAAAGCACCAUUGUGGGCUUGGAUGAGUUGGGGGACAUUGUGGACACGGAUUCUUGCGACACCGUCACCGGUGAGCGCCCGAGAGCAGAAGACCCUAUGAGUCCCGCACAAGGCCCGCUUUUAGAGUGGACGGAUGAGGCUGGAAUGGAUCCUUCUAAACGAGGGGCAUUCGAAGCAGCUAAAAGCACGCUGCUUCGGAGCCAAAAUAGCGCAUUCAGGUCGUGGAGGGACGGCGAGCUAGAGUUUCAAACGGAACAUAAAAGCCAUAAAACUCCAGAGGAGGCUUCGUUUAACGAGCGCCCGGACGGAAGUGGCCCGUGUUCGAAUCCUGAGCAUGAGCUAAGGAAAAUGUCCCAUUUGUUUGUGCCGACUAUCCAGAUAAUGCCCGACGAGUGGGAAGUUGGAACGCAGCCGACCAUGAAUUAUUCGAUGUGCGCGACCGCGUUCGAAGGCGAGAGACGCAGCAUGGACUUGCUCUCCGACAAGCGCUACGACGCAGACUCAAGACGUAUCAAAACAUCCAAAUCACCGGAGAUCAAAAUCAACCUGAGGGCCAAAGAUUAUAAAAAAGAGCCGUUUGGAGCUGCCAACCUGCGGGCUCACCAUGCAGGCAGCAGCGCGCCCGGUUUUACGCGAGCGGAGGACUCCCGGUGCCAAGCUCUUGCAGCCGUUUUGAAGGGUGAGUCCUCCGAUAAGGUUCCUCAUUUCACGGUCAGGGACAUACGUGAUAACAAAGGGAAGUUCCAGACGCCUAUACACCAAGUGAGGGACGUGCGUAAACUGGUGAAAAGUUCCUAUCACUUUGUGUCUUUGGAUAAUAACGACACGAAAUCCAACCUGACGCCCGGCGGUGAUUGGAACGCGGAUCAAAAGCAGAAGCACGGGCUGUAUCGUAACCAGGCCUCGGUAUCCCCAAUCGUGAUAAAAUGCCAGUCGGUGAAUACAAAUAGCAACGGAAAGCAAUCUGGAAAUCUAAUCGACUCGUCGUUUAAAAGCGGAGCAAGCGAGGAGCCCCCGCAGUGUGAGACGGACAGGUUCGACCGUCUGUCCCCAGAGGGCGCCAAAGGGGGCUCUUCGUUAGACCCGCCAGAAGGGAGCCUGGGUUUGAAUGUCGACGCCAACUCUGGCACCUCGUCUUGCCGACAGCCGGAGAAGGUGUCUGACGCCGCGGACAAGAAACCCGAAUCCGGCCCGGAGAACCAGAGCGCCUUGGGGAAGCUCCAGGCGGCGGUGAAGACCAUGGAGCAGCUGUAUGUGUUUGACCACAACGAGUGGAAAAGGAAGAGCGAACCGAGGCCUCUGGCAGCCGCGCGCGAAGAAUUGGAACGCAGCCGACCGGCAGGGAGCAAGGAGGAGCGGGCGGGCCGCGGCUUCCACCACGUGACCCCGUCAGCGUUCCGGGACUCCCCCCGGGCCCACGACUCCGGGUACCACAGAGGGGAGGAGAGGGACCUCCCCAAGCCCUUCCUGCAUCAGCAUCCUGGUAGCCACGACGACCGACUCGGGUUCAAACCCAUCCAGGCGUCGCAGGGCAAGAGCGCGUACGACUUCGGCGGCGCCAAGAAAACCCCGGAAAACCCCGGGAGCGUCAGGGCGUUCCCGCAGCAGCACCCCCUCCCCAGGACCCCGGCGGGCCCCCCCGCCCAGGGCGCAGCCCCCAGGUCCCCCCCGCUGCCCGUCUCCGUGCGGAUCAGCCAGGCGGAGAAGCAGCACGCCCGCUCCGAGCUCCAGAACUACCUCAGCGUCCCCCUGAAGGCCGGGAGCCAGGCGGGCAAGAGGGUCAACUCGGUCCCGCCCUGCAGCGCCUCCAGCGGGGACAAGACCCUCUACACCCUCAGCGGCGCUGGGGGCCACGGGCCCCGGCCCCGCACCCCCCCCAAGCAGUUCGUCCCCUGGGCCGCCGCCGCCGCCGCCGCCACCCGUUCCCCGGAGCGGCCCGCGCCUCCCGCCCCGCCGCCCGCCCCGUCGGUGGCGGCCCCCCUCUACAGCCCCUUCCCUCUGGGGAUGGUCCCGGCCCAGCAGCAGGUGUUCUGCUUCUCCCCCGCCGCCAUGAGCCCGGGGCCGAUGGAGCCCUUCCAGCAGCAGGCCACCCAGAGGAAGAUGCUCCUGGACCCCACCACGGGGAACUACUACCUGGUGGACACCCCGGUCCCGCCCGCCACCAAGAGGCUCUACGACCCCGAGACGGGCCAGUACGUGGACUUCCCCAUGCCUCAGCCCCCCAUGACCCCCAUGACCCCCAUGACCCCCAUGACCCCUAUGACCUCCAUGACCCCUAUGACCCCUAUGACCUCCAUGAGUCCCAUGUCCCCCAUGACCUCCAUGACCCCCGUGCCCAUGGGGAUGUCCCCGAUGGCCCUCGGCCCCCCCGGGGCCUACGGCCACACCUACAUGUUCUACCCGGGCUUCAUGCCCGGCCUGGUCCCCGGCAGGACGCUCUCCCAGCCGCCCCAGAUGAUGUGCGUGUCCCAGGCCGAGGGUCCGACGGCGGCGGGAGGCGGGGACCACCCCAACGCCGGGGCCUACGCCGAGAGCCCCUACUACCUGGCCACGGGCCCGUCGCCGCAGCAACGGCGCCAGGCCCCGCCCCCGCCGCCGCCGCAGGGGCCGAUGGGCGGGAAGCCGCCGCCGGUGAUCAGCAUGUCGUCGUCCCAGCAGGGGGCGCCCCGCAUCGUGGCCCCGCCCUCCUUCGACGGGACCACCAUGAGCUUCGUGGUGGAGCACCGGUGAACGGGGGGGACCUGACCUUUGAGGGGCUGAAGGCCUGCGUGUGGCUUUGCCACGCAAAGCCGUGCCAAUCGCUUGACCCCUACGGAUUGUUCCCGUACGAGGAAGAGGAAGAGGAAGAUAAGGGUGCCUCAGCGGCCGCGUUGAGUUCUCCACGGCAACGCCUCCUCCGUCCCGUCGGAGGUCGUAGGUUGUAGGUCGAAGAAAGGUGGCAGAACGGUUGACGUUUGCGUUUGUUGGUUGAUUUGCACGAGAAAUGCUUUCCGGCUUUCUACCUUUGUUGCCACUUUGUUUCACAAAUGGAAGUAUAUCCACUCUCUAAGGCACGUUUUGCAAUACGUUUUGUACCCUUAAAGCUUCAUUGCUUUACAGAAUGUAUUUUCCGAUAGCUAAACGGUGAUCGGCACUCCUUGACAAAGAAGAUCCCAGGAUUUGCAUUACAAAUAGAUUUAUUGAGGUUUUCAGUGGCAUGCAUUCAUUUGUAACAAGUCAAAUGUAUUUUUCUAUACUUUCAUAGCAUUAACAAUACUUCAGAUAUAUUCAGAUGUUUCAGCUGUUGAGUGAAUUGCCAAAAAGGAUGACUUUGAGAUAUUGCUGCCCGCUACACUGUUUGAACUCUUACACUUUACAUUUUUCAUUUGUUUGUGUUGUUUUGUAUUCAGAGGCGUAGGGAACCGAAAAGUGGAACUGCAGGCCAGUCCAUGCCAACGCCAUUCUGAAGCUUCUCAGGGGGGGGGGGGGGGGGGGGUUACCGAUGCUAAGUCCACAGCCAUACACAGAUCUUCCCUGCCCACUCCCUCAUCCACUCUUAAGUCGUAUUCUUAGAGGAAAUCUAUACUCAAAUGGCUGCAAUAGUUUUUAAAAUAACAGUGUGUGUGUGUGUGUGUGUGUGUGUGCGUGUGUGUGCGUGUGUGUGUGUGUGUUUGUGUCGAAACCCCAUUAUUUUUAAAGACAUGAUUGCCUUUUUGCUAAAAUGGCCGGCGUUGUAUUAAAGAGAAAGCUGUGUUACUGAAUGCUUGUGUGGAUAGGAAGUUGUUUACAGGAGGGCUAACUGAUACUGCGUCAUCUCCUCAGCUGCCUCCCUAUUGGGCUCUUUUGUUGAUUCAAAGUCUAAACUGUUUACUGUGAUGCGUGAAUAGGCAAAUGCUUAGUCUGGAAUACUUAUUUUUUUAAGGAAAAUUCACAUUUUGGAAGAGGUGCAACGUUUUGUAAAGUAGAUCAUAUUUGUCUUAGAUUAAUUAAAGUAGAUAUGUUGUUUUUUUUGUUUUAUGUCUCUGUACAUGCAUGUGUUGCUAAUCUGUAUCCUUUUUUACUGCUUGAUAAUUGAUCUGUCCGUCUGAAUAGAGUAUCCACUGGAAAUGAUUGCUUAGAUAUACCGCAUACAGCAUGUGUUGUCAACGUGUAUUUCCAAUACAGAAAACUUUUCAGACAUUCAAGGGAAAAUAUAACCUGGUACGAUAAGAAAUGGUAGAUGCAAUAUAGAUGAUGAAUGAAGGAUGGAUAAAGUGAAAAUAAAGCUCAAAAACACAAUUGAAACAAAUUGUUUGACUAUACGUUACAAACUGAGUACACCUAUGAUGAAUGUGAACAGAUCAUGUGUUGAUAUCUACUGCUGCUGAACAAUGCAAACAUACUAUUCAACUUCAGUUCAACCUGUAUGAAUACGUUGUAGAAAUUAAUCAUAAAACCAUAAAAACCUGUGAUAGCAUAGCAGAUAUCAACAUAGCUACGUUGACAUCACAUUACCAUCAGCCUACUCUUGUUCACUUCUUCAUGGUUUGUCCCACAGUGUAUGGGUACUUGUGCCAGUGCUUUGGAACUCAUUCAAAUCCA